GACAUGUCCGACUCAUUUUCCUUUCCCAUGCACACCAGGCCAACACAGAUCUUAAAGCAAGGUGUAAAUUAUUUGGUCAGAACUCCUUCUCGCUUAAAAGAUGAGCUGUUUCGCAUUGAAAUUUGGGGGUUAGUUACGCGCGACUCUCUUCUUCUUCCUUUGCUGCUGUCACUUGCUGUGAACUACCUAAAAUUGAUUGUUUUUUUUGUUCAUUUUCAAGAUUUAGAGAUGAGGCUGUUGAAAGUAGCAACCUGUAAUCUGAAUCAGUGGGCAAUGGAUUUUGACUAUAAUUUGAACAACAUAAAGGAGUCAAUAUCUAAGGCUAAAGAAGCUGGUGCAGUUAUUAGACUCGGUCCUGAGCUUGAAAUCACCGGUUAUGGCUGUGAAGAUCAUUUCCUAGAACUUGAUACUGUCACUCACGCGUGGGAUUGCUUGAAAGAAAUUCUUGUUGAUGAUUGGACGGAUGGAAUAUUAUGCAGCAUAGGAAUGCCAGUUAUCAAGGGAUCAGAACGUUACAAUUGCCAAGUUUUAUGCAUGAACAGAAAAAUUAUAAUGAUACGCCCAAAGAUGAGGCCUGCAGAUGGCAAUGGUUACAUGGAGCCCCGAUGGUUCAAGCCAUGGCAACAGAAAGAUCAGCUAGUGGAUUUUCAGCUGCCAGAUGAAAUAACAGCGGCUAUAUCACAGAAAUCAGUACCUUUUGGUUAUGGGUACAUUCAAUUUCUAGACACAGCUAUUGCUGCAGAAGUUUGCAAAGAGCUAUUUACCCCUUUGCCUUUUCAUGAUGAUCUCGCACUCAAUGGUGUUGAAGUUUUCAUGAAUGCAAGUGGAAGCAACCACCAAAUCGGAAAAGCGCUUAAUACCCGUCUCCGCGCUUUGAUAGGUUUUACUCGUGGCCAUGGAGGUGUUUACAUGUACAGCAAUCAGCGAGGAUGUGAUGGCGGUCGUUUUUACUACGAUGGAUGCUCUUGUGUUCUUGUAAAUGGAGAAGUGGUGUCCCUAGGCUCACAGUUUUCUUUGAAGGAUGUUGAGGUUGUGCUUGCCCAAGUGGAUUUGGAUGCGGUUGCUGCUAGAAGGGGAUCAACAAGUGUUUUUCAACAAGAAAAUGGAAGAACCAGAAUAUCGUCUGUAGCAGUACCAUACAAACUCUGUCAACCUUUUAACCUUCAAAUGCCCAUUUCUAGCCCUAUUAAGAUCAAUCUUUACUCUUCUGAGGAGGAACUAUCCUUGGGCGCUGCUUGCUGGCUGUGGGACUACUUAAGAAGAAGUGGAGCUUCUGGAUUUUUGCUUCCUCUUUCUGGUGGAGCUGACAGUUCUUCUGUCGCUGCUAUUGUUGGUAGCAUGUGCCAGCUUGUUGUGAAAGAGAUAUCAAAAGGAAAUGAACAAGUCAAAGCUGAUGCAAUGCGAAUUGGAUGUUACACCAAUGGACAAUAUCCUAUAGACAGCAAAGAAUUUGCAAAGCGCAUAUUUUACACUGUAUUCAUGGGGUCCGAAAACAGUUCCAAAAUUAUCAAAGGACGGGCGAAGGUUCUGGCUGAUGAGAUUGGUUCAUGGCAUCUUGAUGUUUCAAUAGAAAUUGUUGUUUCUGCACUGUUAUCAGUCAUUCAAACACUUACAGGCAAGCAAACACUCAAUAAGGUAGAUGGGGGUUCUGAUGUUGAGAUUCAAGGGUUGCGGAACAUUCAAGCGCGAAUAAGAAUGGUACUAGCAUUAACGUUAGCCUCAGUCUUGCCUUGGGUUCACAAGAAGUCAGGAUUUCAUCUUGUUUUGAGUAGCUCUAAUGUGGACAAAGAAUUGAGUGGUCAACUAACAAAGUAUGGUUGUAGCUCAGCUGAUAUAAAUCCAAUUGGGAGCAUCAAUAAGCAGGAUAUUCAUGCAUUUCUGCGAUGGGCUGCCACCAAUCUUGGUUACUCAUCCUUGGCAGAAAUUCAAGCAGCUCUCCCAACUCUUGAUGAUCGGGGAAGGGAAAUGACAUCUGAGGAACUUUCUGUUUAUGGAAAGUGGAGAACAAUUUUCCGGUGUGGUCCAGUAUCAAUGUUUGAGAAUCUCUGCCACAAAUGGGGAUCCACAUUAACACCAUUAGAGGUGGCUAAUAAAGUGAAGAAAUUCUUCAAGUACUAUUCCAUUAACCGGCACAAAAUGACCGUCUUAACACCUUUUUAUCAUGCUCAGAGUUACUCACCAGAUGAUAACAGAUGCGAUAUUCGUCAGUUUCUCUACAAUACGAGAUGGUCCUAUCAAUUCCGUAAGAUUGAUGAAAUUGUUCAGGACUUGCAAGGUGAAAAAGUUGGCAUUACAGAAUCAAGUAACCGGGAAAACAUUGGAGCUUCUUUAGGCUGAUCGCAGGGGUGGCUUGUGGCAGCAGGCUAAUAAGGCAAUCCUAAAACCAGCCUUUAGCACAAAAUUAAAGCUUGCAUUUGAGCUAAUUAUUUGGAAAUUAAUCAUAAUCAGUUACCCACAGUUCCUUUCUUGAUGUACUACAAGAAGUUUGUGGAACAAAUAUGUCACGAGUGCGUUACAUCUUAUUUGGUAAUUUGUUCGAUCUUUUUUAUGAAAUUUUUAUUUUUAUUUUUA